AUGGUUGACGAGCUCAAGUUGCGCGGUCAUGGAUCGACCGCCGGGGACGUAGAAGAAGGCCGUGUCCUUGAGGUCAUACCCUACGGAAAGAACAACGAGACGCAUCGUGGAUUGAAAAGUCGACACAUUCAGCUCAUUGCAAUUGGUGGCACCAUUGGCACAGGACUUUUUGUUGGAUCCGGAAGCAUUUUAGCAGCCGCAGGACCAGCUGGCAUGCUGAUUGCAUACAUUUGGAUGUCAAUCCUAGUUUGGUUCAUCACACUCGAUCUCGGCGAAAUGACUGCGUACAUGCCGAUCAAAGGACUUACAGUGCCUUACAUGAUCAAGCGAUUUGUAGAACCCAGCCUUGCCUUUGCAAUUGGAUGGAACUAUUGGAUUGCUUUUGGAAUAACCAUGGGAGCUGAGGCAACAGCAGCAUCUCUCGUCAUCGAGUACUGGGGCUCUCCGGUCAAUCCGGCGGUGUGGAUCGCUAUUGUUCUUGCUGUUUGUCUCUUACUAAACAUGACUGCUGUUUCCCUAUUUGGAGAAGCCGAGUUCUGGUUUGCGUCGAUCAAGAUUCUCACUAUAGUCGGCCUUAUUAUGCUCGGUAUCGUCUUGUUCUUCGGUGGUGGGCCUAGUCACGAUCAAUUGUACUUCCGAUACUGGUCCACUCCUGGGGCCUUCAACACAUACCUCGUGGGCGGCGAGACGGGUCGAUUUCUCGGCGUCUGGUAUGCUAUGAUCAGAGCGGCUUUUUCGUUCAUUCUAUCCCCCGAGCUACUUACUAUGACAGCGGGUGAGUGCGAGGCUCCGCGGCGCAACAUUCCCAAAGCGACCAGGCGCUUCAUUUAUCGACUGCUCACAUUUUACGUUCUUGGCACGCUCGUUAUUGGUGUCACAGUCCGGUUUGACGAUAGCGCAUUGCUGAGCGCCAUCAGUCAAAGCGCUUCAAAUGCCGCGGCCAGUCCUUAUGUGAUAGCCAUUCAAAAUGCGGGUAUACCUAUCCUCAACCAUAUAAUGAACGCUGUUAUUUUGACCUCGGCCUGGUCCUCCGGCAAUUCAUUCCUCUAUGCCGCUUCAAGAAUGCUCUAUGGAAUGGCCUGCAGCGGCGAUGCCCCAAAGAUAUUCUGCAGGUGCACAAAGAAUGGAGUGCCAUAUUACGCUGUUCUUGCCAGUUUCUGCCUUGGCUUUCUUAGCUUCUUAAAUGUUUCCAACACUGGAGGCGAGGUUUUCAACUGGCUCACUAGCAUCGUUGUUGGAAAUGGCUUCAUCUCGUGGAUUGCUAUUCUGAUCACUUAUAUCGUACGUCCUUGGCUUGUCUAUUAUUUUGCGAUUUUACAAGGCGAUUGA